AUGGCUUCGAGCAGUAGCGGACCAGAAGUGAAAAUCCACAAUGUGUACAUGUCAAAUGUUGAGGAGGAAUUCGCAAGGAUGCGGUCCUUCAUACCUGAGUAUUCAUUUGUGGCAAUGGAUACUGAAUUCCCCGGCGUUGUCGCAACCCCAUUAGGCACAUUUAAAAGCAAAGAAGAUUUCAACUAUCAACAAGUAUAUUGUAAUGUCAAUAUGCUCAAAUUAAUACAAGUUGGAUUCGCGUUAGUAAAUGAUAAAGGAGAAUUGCCGCCGACCGGCGACGUGUGGCAGUUCAACUUCAACUUCUCGCAGACUGAAGACAUGUUUUCGUUGGAAAGUGUCGAAAUGCUUCGACAAGCGGGAAUAGACUUCAAUCUGUUGCAAACGAACGGUAUACCAACGCACGUGUUCGGCGAGCUGCUCACGACGUCCGGAAUGAUAGUUGAUCCGCGGAUCACGUGGCUCACUUUCUCAUCAGGCUAUGAUUUCGGCUACCUGUUGAAAAGCAUCACAUUAGGUGAUCUGCCGAAGGAGGAGAAGCAGUUUUUCGCAUUCCACCGGACAUUGUUCCCGACAAGCUUUGACAUAAAGAUUUUGCUACGAACGCCCAACUGCGCCAGCGCCAAGUUAAAAGGGGGACUUCAGGAGGUUGCCGAUCAGCUCGAUGUAAAGCGGCAAGGAAUCCGCCAUCAAGCGGGCUCUGACGCCCUUCUCACCGCUGCCACCUUCUUCAAAAUCAAAAAGAAGUUCUUCGGCGACUCAUGGGAUCAAAUCGCGCCAUUGAUUUGCGGACACAUGUACGGUUUGGGAUCAUCACUAUCGCUAUUCCACUCGUCAAACUCGACCAAUAAACUCGAAGACCACGUGCAGCAGCAGCAGCAUCAUCAGAAGGAGAUCACGGCAUAG